AUGUCCAAAAGGCCCAACGGCGCCUUUGUAGCUGCCGGACAGGGGCCAGAAUCCGCCCCAAGAGUCGCCGUUGGCUCUUGGAGGCUCUGGGCCCUUGUCUGCGGCCGGGUAUUCGGCAUGGAGCUGACGGGUCCUGGAAUCGCAAGAGGGAUCGCUGCCGGGCGUCACGGCCAUGAUUGGCUAUGCUCUCGGAGCGAAGAGGCAUGCGGAACCGGCCGAAGUAGGAGGCUGUCAUGUCACGGAAGUUGGACGAAGUACGGAGCAGCAAUAACUGUUUUGUCUCUCGUGAAUGCGACGCUGCAAUACGAGUUGAGGUUUCCAGGCACGCAACCAUCACGGCCAGUAGCUUCUAGAUGCCGUGCUGCCCUGACAGAAAUCACGUCCCUGCCCAGACCAUCCAAGCCGACAGCCGAUCCCGUCACACGCAUCGCCAAGAAAAUGUGCCAUAAUGCCGGCAGUACAGCAAAAUGCAACUGGCAGGUCUUGGCCUACAUCGCUGUCCCAACCCCAUGCCGCCAAUCUGCUUCAGCGCUGGCGUCUUCCUUGUUGAGCCCGACCCCGGCCCCUGUCCACACGACGCCACCCGGAGACCAAGACAGCUCUGGAAGGUGGCUCAUGAGGCAUCAACAAGCUCAGCUCGCGUUUCAACGCAGACAAGAACGAUCAGCGAAAUGGCUCCCGGUGGCAGCGUCAAAAGGCCCCGGGCUUCGGGCUGUUAUCAACGUCGCUCCUCGAGAGCCAAUAGACAUCCUUACCGACCUCCCAAAACGGGAAGCAUUUGGCAAAGGGCCCUCUCUUGCGGCCGCUUGUUUAUUGCGUUUACUUCAGCCUCUGCUCUCGUGCCUCGUAUCUCUUCAGCCCCAUCCCCCGCGAGACCGGCAGGGACAAGGCAGAAUCGGGGCAUUCAAAGACACACCAUACACAUCGAUAGAUUUGCAACUUGUUGCGGACGAGGGCACACUAAGCUCCCAACUCCGCGGACGUGCAUGGCAAGAUUACUCGUACAAGAUUACACUCAUAGCAUUAGCAAAUCGUCUUGUUCUUGAUUACAGCGAAAUAUUGCCUGUAAGUGUCAAAAAGAUUAUCUAA